AUGGCCGGAAAAAACUGUGCGCUGAUAACCCAUUUCGACGAUGCGAUACCUAAAGGAUCUGUGAGUGACUGGCCGUCCGCAGCACUGGCCUCUGCGAGUAGGGACUUCUGGGUUUGUGACGACAAAGUAGUGUAUUUGCACGGCUGCGUGUUCUUCUCAUUUGCGCGCGUGCAUAUACCGGAACAUAACGCCUACGGCAAACAGUGUGUGUAUGCGUUAGGCAUGAACGUGAGCAUUUGCGGCGGCAGCAGCGACUCUUACGCUACAGCACCCGACUACGUAACGGCGCAGGACAGCAACAGGGACAGGUUUGCCCUGGAGAUGGUCGUGCAGGAUACCCUGCGACCGAUGGGUGACGUUAGGUGCGUCAGCGUCAGCCCCGUGGACAGCAUGAAACGACCGUUGUCCAGUAUCAGCCGCGUCCGACUGCGAUGGCCCGAUGAGCCGCUCGACCACGAGUUUCCGACCAGCAUCAUCGUCAAGGUCGCCAUGCCUUCCAAGGACCAUGAGGCUUCGCAACCGAUUCGGAUUUCUACACUCAUUCGAAGGGCGCACAACGUCGAAUGCCUCGCAUACGCCCUCUUCGCGAAAGACCCCCCAAUCCCUGUGCCGCGCUGCUUCGCCAACCAGAUCAUGAACGCUACGCAGCCAGGAUAUUUGAUUCUGGAUGACUUAAGCGGCACGGCCGCUGCUGUUGAAGACCUUUCUGUUGGCGUUAACGGCGAACAGUUGAAAAACGUCGCAGCCGCACUGGCCCGAUUACACGCUUGGUCAUGCAAAAAUGGAAAGACCAUUCUGCCGAGAAUACCAUGUUUCAGUGACUGGUUGGAAUUUUAUGCCUCAUGGUUCAAGCGACUGCGCUUCGCACUGAACAAAGUGAAACUGCUUUACCCGAGCUAUUUCUCGAACAUGAACAUCAACACGGUAUGCCAGUUGCUGUCGCCGGCGCAGUGGCUGAAAACGGUAGAAAACGUGUAUAAGACGUUUCCAACCGUCGUAACCCACGGUGACCUAUGGUUAAGCAACUUGUUUUUUGAAGUAAAUCCAGACGGCUCUCUGGGAAACCGACUUUGCGGCAUAAUCGACUGGCAGUUUUGCCAUGGUGGCUCCUUUGUUCAGGAUUUGGCCUACCUGUGCUCCUGGAACGUUAGCACGGAGAUGAACGAAGAAACCUUUCAUACAAAGUCACUUGUGAUGAAAAGCUAUGACGAAGCCUGGCUUCAAGCCGCAGCACAGACGAAGAACAACCUCAAGCGCAGAAUCACUCUUGCUUGGUAUGCGACUGCUUCUUGUUCUGACCGGAAGAUCGACUAA